UUUGGGUCCCUAUUUAUACUCUACCAAUCCUUCCCUUCUUCACCAAUCACAACAAAGCUAAGCUCACAGCAACUCCUAUCUAUUUCUAAUUCUUCAUCAUCUAAAGUUCCAAACAAUUUCAGAAUGUCGAUCAUCCCCAGUUUCCGACGGAACAGCAACAGCAUCUUCGACCCCUUCUCGGGCUUCACCGAUCUCUGGGACCCCCUCAAGGAUUUCCCAUUCCCUUCUUCAUCGCUCUCUACUUUCCCUCGCGAGAAUUCAGCUUUUGUCAACACUAGGAUCGACUGGAAGGAGACCCCGGAAGCCCAUGUGUUCAAGGCUGACAUUCCAGGGCUGAAGAACGAAGAGGUUAAGGUUGAGAUUGAAGACGACAGGGUGCUGCAGAUAAGCGGAGAGAGGAAGAUAGAGAAGGAGGAUAAGAACGAUACUUGGCACCGGGUCGAGCGUAGCAGCGGCAAAUUCUCCAGAAGGUUCAGGCUUCCUGAGAAUGCUAAGGUAGAUGAGAUCAAGGCUGCUAUGGAGAAUGGGGUUCUCAGUGUGACGGUUCCUAAGGUGGAUGUGAAGAAGCCUGAUGUCAAAUCCAUUGAAAUCUCUGGUUAAGGUAUGUCAUUUACUAGAUUCAUAUCCUCCACAGUCUGAAACACAGCUGCCUUUUCUUUCUUCCAUUUAUUGAUGAGAUUACCAUCAGGAGGCUGGAGAUCGCAAGGAGGGCCAG